GACUCUCUCUCGAGGGAGCCUCAUUCUGGAGGGGACCUGGUGACGCACUCUUCAUAAUUCUGAUGAGAGAAGCACCCUCCCUCCCGUCUUCCUCCGAUUUCCCUUUUUUCAAACUCAAGCUCUCUCGCUCUUAGCAGUCACACAGCUAGCGUGACUACUGAAGGUUUGUCUCUGCAGGGAGCCCUUGCAUGCUACUGUUGCUGCUGUAAUCAGUGUGUGUUUACGUGUUUGAAUCAGACAGUCUCAAGGUAUGGCUUUGUUUUGAGUAUUUCUUGCAAGAUGAAGAAGUUUGUGACCAUUGUUCUACGUGGCCUGGUCAGCCUUUCUGUAAAACCUGGAGAUUCAACCUGGAGAAAGGAACAUGCCCAGCAGCUCAAGAGAGAGGCCAAGAGAAGACGGACUGCAUCUAAGUGUGCAAAGAUGAUCUUAACGGUGUAUUUGAGUGAUGGGGAGCAGGCCCUGACGGAGGUGCCCAUCACUCCGGAGACGACGUGUCGUGAUGUGGUGGAGUUCUGUAAGGAACCAGGGGAAAGUGGCUGCCACCUGGCUGAGGUGUGGCGUGGAAAUGAGCGAGCCAUCCCCUUUGAGCACAUGAUGUAUGAGCACCUGCAGAAAUGGGGUCCCAGAAAGCAGGAGGUGAAGUUUUACCUUCGUCAUGAAGACUCGCCCACUGAAAGCAGCGAUCAGGGGAGUCAGCAGUCUCAGGAGCAGCCCAACAGGAGAGGAGGAAGCAGCUCAGACAUGCACAAUGAGAACGGGGUGGGAAACCCUCAUGUGGAGCUCACUCUCUCUGAGCUGCAGGAGAUGGCCACUCGUCAGCAACAGCAAAUUGAGGCCCAGCAACAGAUGCUCGUCGCUAAGGAGCAACGCUUGCGUUAUCUGAAGCAGCAAGAGCGGCGGCAACAGCAGGCUGUGUCUGAGACGGAGAAACUGCAGAGUCUGAAGGAGAGGGUGGAAAGUCAGGAAGCCAAGCUCAAGAAGAUCCGUGCCAUGAGGGGCCAAGUGGACUAUAGCAAAGUCAUCAACGGGAAUCUGUCUGCAGAGAUUGAGCACAUAAGCGGGCUCUUCCAGGAGAAGCAGACAGAGCUGCAGGCCGCCGUGCUGAGGGUGGAUCAGCUCAGCCAGCAGCUGGAGGACCUGAGGAGAGGCAAACUGAAUGGCCUGCAGACUCUCGGUGGUCAGGUCUCUGGAACCGCUGCGCUGGAGCUCCGCAAACUCUACCAGGAACUGCAGAUUCGUAACAAGCUGAAUCAGGAGCAGAACAGUAAACUGCAGCAGCAGAAGGAGCUGUUGAAUAAGAGGAACAUGGAAGUGACACUGAUGGACAAGCGUAUUAAUGAACUACGAGAUCGACUGUACAAGAGAAAAGCUGAGGCACGUCAAAAAGAGAACCUUCCUCUGAAUAGAGUAAAUGGUCCUCCCUCUCCACAGCCAGCUCCCGGAAAUAACGGCCGUGUGGCUGCCGUGGGACCCUACAUCCAGGUCCCAGUGCCAGGGAGACAGGAGGGUUAUGUAGUGCCCCCUGAACCACUCAAACCUCAGUCACUGGGGGUCAACACCCCAGCCAACCACCCCUGGUCUAAAUCAGGGGGGGGAUUAGAUGGAGUGAGAAAGCCUCCCGGCCCCUGGAAGGUCUCUGAUUUAGACAUCAUAGCGGACCCGAUUGCUCCGGCCCCUUCAGAGCCCCGGCCAGGCCCUGGGGCUCCACCCCCAGUCACCUGCUCUACGGCAGGGUUGGACGGCGCCUCUCCUAAUGAUGCCAGUUGGCCCACCCUCAACAAGUGCAACACAUCAGUCAAGCCAACUGACUGGAAGGAGUCUGUAGCAGACACAACCAUUAAAACAGCAUCACCUGCAGGCAGUCCCUCAGAUAAGGUUCAGGACUCCAAUAAAUCUGGCUCAGCUCCUCCUCUCAGUAAACCCCAGCCUCCCCCAUAUGGAGCCCAUACCAGCAACCACCCCCUCUCAUCUGCCAACUCUGGUUCCACCAGCUCUUUAAAUCGCCGCAAAGACAUUCCUCUCCGGCCUGUGCCCAGCCUACCCAACAACCCACCACCGCCACUACCGGCCUGGCCCCGUGUUCCCCCUGCACCCACCGGCUCAUCCUCUCAGCAGAUCCAGCAGCGCAUCUCAGUUCCCCCCAGCCCCACUUUCCAGCCCAGUCCACACUUUUUCCCCCCAGGGGAGAGACCAGACCCUCCUCUGGCUGUAGCGGUGAGGCCGUUCAUCCCAGAUAAGGGCUCUAGACCACAGUCACCCAGGAAAGGCCCAGCCACCAUGAACUCAAGCUCCAUUUACCACAUGUACCUACAAAAGGCAGCCCCCAAGAGUUACCCUAUGAACAACAAGCCAGCAGUCAAAGCAGUAUACGGUAAGCCAGUCCUGCCCCCCAGCUCCACACCCCCUUCUCCCUUACCCCUUGGAGGCACUGGGGCCUUCCCCGCCCUGCAGGGUCCUGGAGGAGACAUGGUGGAUGGUGAGCUGGAUCUUGAUGGUCUAACCAUAGGUGUCCCCGAGCCACCCCCACCCAAUGUGGACCACAUCCCACGACCUCUCAGCCCUACUAAGCUCACACCCAUGGUGCACUCCCCUAUGCGUUACCAGAGUGAUGCUGAACUGGAGGUCUUGCGCAAGAAACUGGCCAACGCUCCUCGACCGCUUAAAAAACGAAGCUCUAUUACUGAACCGGAGGGCCCCAACGGGCCCAACAUCCAGAAGCUUCUGUAUCAGCGUUUCAACACUCUGGCUGGAGGGAUGGAGGGAGGAAUGGUAGGUGUGAGUGGAGGUGGAGGAGUGACUCCAUUCUAUCAGCCCUCCGUAGCAGCAGGUGAAAUGCUCUUUGAUGCAGACAAUGGGAAUCCGCCCUCAGAAACACCAGCAGUACCCUCUGGAGGUGCUGAUGGCAUUAUCCCACAAGGUGAUGCCAAUGAUAAUGAGCCCCAGCAGCAAGUAGCAGAGAUGCUAACACCUUCAGCACCAGAACCCUCUGAAGACAGUAACAAUAAUCCUGCUGAACCUUCAGACGCCUUGCCGAGCCCUGUAGCUGAGGCCAGUACACCUGAGGAAGCAGACAACUCUCCCUCUUCCCUGCCCACGGGCAAACGCACUAACCUGAAGAAGCCAAACUCAGAGCGGACAGGUCAUGGCCUUAGAGUGAAGUUCAACCCACUCGCCCUGUUACUGGAUGCCUCACUAGAGGGAGAGUUUGACCUAGUACAAAGGAUAAUCUAUGAGGUUGACAAUCCCAGCACCGCAAAUGAUGAGGGCAUCACGCCCCUCCAUAACGCAGUGUGUGCGGGACACCACCACAUUGUCAAGUUCUUGCUGGACUUUGGUGUUAAUGUGAAUGCAGCAGACAGUGAUGGCUGGACGCCCUUGCAUUGUGCUGCUUCCUGUAACAGUGUGCACCUGUGUAAGCUGUUAGUGGAGUCGGGUGCAGCCAUUUUUGCCACCACCAUCAGUGAUGUGGAGACAGCAGCAGACAAAUGUGAGGAGAUGGAGGAGGGCUACAUACAGUGCUCACAGUUCCUCUAUGGUGUGCAAGAGAAGUUGGGUGUAAUGAAUAAGGGAGUUGUGUACGCUCUGUGGGAGUAUGAGGCUCAGAGUCAAGACGAGCUUUCCUUUCAUGAGGGUGACGCCAUUACCAUCCUUCGCAAGAAAGACGAUACUGAGACAGAGUGGUGGUGGAGCAAACUCGACGACAAAGAGGGCUAUGUGCCACGUAACCUGCUGGGGUUGUACCCCAGAAUAAAACCACGUCAAAGAUCUCUAGCGUAAGCCUCAUCUUGGCCACGCCCCUUUCCUGGGUGAUUGACUGGACCGAUGUCUUGGAGUGUAGAGCCUCAACCCUGUCACCUCUAUGUGCCGCUUUGACUAUAGAAGGGGUGAAGCUGCUAAACCCUGAACCCACACAAUCAACUGCGCUACACACAAACACGCACUCUCUGAUGAACACAAAUAAGGCCAAACAAGCAGCCUCAGGUUUCUAGGUCUGCCCCCAUCUUCUCUGCUUCCAGGCCUCAAUGUAUCCCCCUCUACUUCUCACCCCAGGUUUCUUGUAUCUUGUAAAAUGUAUCAUAGCUGUACAUCACACCUUGGGAAUCAAAGCACUAAUCACUUUGACAAGAGAUUUCCUUUGUGUUUGUAAGCUUGAGUUUUUUUUAGUCAUGGCUUACACAUUAUGCUUCGCUGAGAGGGCGAGAGCAGGCAGUCUUUCAGUGCUCAUUGUCAGGGAGGGAAUUUUUUAUGCUAUGGACUGAAUGAGUGAGAGAUGUGGUGUACAAAGGACUUGCUCCAGUGUGUGUGCGUAUUAAUUUUUUUUAGCUCAUCCAUAAAAGUUUUUCCUGAUUAGAACAAAAAUAUACAUAGUUUGCAUAGAACGAUUAGUCUGACCUAUGCAUAUGAUUGAGUUUGUAUGUUUGGAAAGGAAUUUACGUAUGUUAUGAGUGUGAUUUUAAUUUUCUCACUGCAGUGAGCAUCAUACAGAAGUGUGGAAUGCAUUCUGUGUGCAGAAGUUUUAAAUGAGAGAGUGUGUGAAGUGUGCAAAGAGAGAGAGAGAGAGAUUGUGAGUUGAAUAGUGAGAAGACAAGCUGGUGUGUCAAAACCACUGAGAAUCAUUAUAAAAUCAUUCAGUAUUUAGCCUACAUGGACUGACACUACACGUUCUUGUCAUUUUGUUGUUUAGCUGGACAACAAUGGUUUGUUGAACUGCAACCCUUGGGAUGAAAUCAAUACAAAGCUUUUCUCCACUAGCAGUCCAUGAUCGGGCUUGAAAGCGUAUUUACUAUAUUUUACACUUUUUUAAAUGUUAUUUUAUAUUAUGCCAGCCCAUUCUAUUCCACUCCUGUUUCAAGUCAUGUGAAAUGAUUUGUAUAUUCUGCCAGUGAGGCAGUAUAGAGCUUUAUUGUGAAGUUUAACCCUGUAAAUACUGUGUUGAGGAUGAGUGAGGAAACAUGCUUGACUCAAUGCUGUUAGACUAACUUCCCAUGUGGACUUCGGUGAAAUACAGCGACUCACAUCUUGUGUUCUAUACAUGUGCACAAUAAAAACAAAUGACUCCUAGCAAGAAAUUAUGUUGCCUGU